AUGGAGUUUGAUUCAGGAGCUAGAGCAUCGAUGAUUGAUGCACCCCUGUGGAAACAAAUAGGAUCACCAAAUUUGAGGGCAUGUAAAACAAAAUUUGUCGCUUAUGGAAACAAUACCCUGGAUGUUUUAGGAGAGUGUGAAGUUAAUGUUAAAGUUGAUGGACAGAUUAGGAAACUUAAGGCUGCUGUGGUAAAUGGAAACGAAUCUCCUUUGUUUGGAUUACCAUGGAUGCUUGCCUUCAACAUGAAAUUACCACCUAGUGUUACGAUUCGUAAGUUGGAUAACACCAAUAAAGAUGAAAAUGCUUCUACAGUAACCGAAGAGGAAAUUAACCAAGUUAUUUCUGAGUUUAGUGAUGUAUUUAAGAAAGAAUUGGGAACCAUUAAAGGAUAUCAGGCGAAGAUACAUGUUAAGAGUGACUCAGAGCCUAGGUGUUUUCCUGCUCGCAGAGUGCCUUUUCCACUAAGAAGUAGAAUUGAGCAAGAACUAAACAGACUGGUAAGUGACGGUGUUAUAGAAAAGGUAGACCCUUCCAAAACUCCUAUCGAAUGGGCAACACCAACAGUAAAUGUUGAGAAGGAAAAUGGCACAAUUAGAAUAUGUGGAGAUUUUCGGGUAACCUUAAACCCAAACAUUGUUACCCAUACAACACUUUUGCCAACUUUUGAGGAACUGACGAAUAAAGUAUCUCGAGGGAAGCAAUAUUCAGUUGUUGACUUGAGAGAUGCAUAUCUCCAAAUGGAAGUAUCAGAGGAAGACAGAAAAUAUCUGGUAAUAUCCACGCACGUUGGAUACUAUAGAUACAAGAGACUACCAUUUGGUAUAACCUCCAGCCCAGGUAUCUUUCAGGAAUACAUGGAGAAGCUCCUUGAAGGCAUACCACAAGUGGGGGUACUUCUAGAUGAUGUAAUCAUUACGGGCCGAAACAAAGAAGAACACCUCAUGAACUUAAAGGAAGUAUUAAAACGAAUGAGUAACGCAGGGCUAAAAGCGAAGAAAGAAAAAUGUAGAUUCAUGCAGAAUUCAGUCACCUAUCUUGGACACAUUAUCGAUGAACAGGGUAUCCAUCCAACAAAAGAGAAGAUCGAAGCAAUACAAAAGGCACCUAAACCUACAAAUGUCAAACAGCUUAGGUCUUUUUUAGGAUCCAUAAACUAUUAUGAAAGGUUUAUCCCUAGGUUGCAUGCGCUGUGCUCAAGGUUACAUCGACUUACUAGCAACAGAUCAAAAUGGAUCUGGACAGAGAAAGAAGAUGAAGUAUUUACAAAGGUCAAAAUGAUUCUUUCGGAAGAAGACACAGUUGUUCCAUAUGAUGAAUCCAAACCUCUAGUGUUGGUGUGUGAUGCGUCCGAAGACGGUCUUGGGAGUGUCUUAAUGCACAAGUGUGAAGAUGGUCUGGAAAAACCAAUCGCGUAUGCUAGCAGAACUCUUUCAGAUGCUGAGAAAAGAUACUCGAAUAUUGAUCGAGAAGCACUUGCAAUUUUAUUUGCUGUAAGAAAGUUUCACCAAUAUGUAUAUGGACGAAGCUUCACACUUGUCACCGAUCAUAAACCCCUUCAAAGAAUAUUUGGAGAAAACCGGAAUCUUCCAAAGGUAAUGAACAAUAGGUUAGUGAGAUGGGCCCUAGAACUGAAUCAGUACAAUUUUCAAAUCAAGUACAGGAAAGGAGAUGAAAACGUUUGUGCUGAUGCACUAUCCCGUCUUCCCAUGAGAAUCAGAGAAGAAUCUACCGAUGUAAGAGACAUAAAGUUUUUAAACAUGGAUAAAGUUGAGACAUUGGUGUCCUAUAAGGAACUCAAACAUAACAGCAGUUUGGACAAGGAGAUAAAAUUAGUACAAAGUUAUGUGCUAAAUUCAUGGCCAGAGAAGGUACCAGAUAACAUUAAAACAUUUAAACAAAGGAAAGAAGAAUUAUCAGUUGAAGAUGGUGUUUUGAUGUGGUUUGGUAGAGUUGUUGUGCCAACAAAUAUGAGAAAAAAAAUCUUGAGAAUUUUGCACUGUGGCCAUCCUGGAAUUUCAGCUAUGAGAUCAAUUACCAGAUACUAUGUAUGGUGGCCUAACAUUGACAAAGACGUUGAAAUGCAUGUUAAGACUUGUGAAGCAUGUCAAGAAAACAGAGGAAACAUUGAAGAAGUCCCGGUCUAUCCAUGGAACAUUCCUGAAAAAGUGUGGGAAAGAGUUCAUUUGGAUUUAGCUGGACCAGUUGAUGGAGUAAUGUGGUUAGUAGGGAUUGACGCGCUAUCUAAGUGGGCAGAAGUUGAAUGUUUAAGAACAACGACUUCAACUGCCAUAAUUCAAAGAUUAAGAUCGUGGAUGAGCAGGUAUGGGAUACCAUCACAAGUAGUAACUGACAACGGGCCACAGUUUGUCUCUACUGAAAUGGAAGCAUUUUUCAAGAGACAUUCAAUUCGACAUAUAAGAACUACUCCUUAUCAUCCUAGAAGUAAUGGCUUAGUCGAACGUCUAAUAGGGACUUUGAAAAGGCGUUACAGAACAACAAAACAAGAAAUUAAUGAUUCUUCAUUGGCAUUGCAAAAUGUGUUGUUCAGUUACAGAAAUGCCCCACAAAAAACAACAGGACGAGCCCCUGCAGAGUUGUUUCUAGGUCGAAGAAUGCCAACUAUGUUGGACAACAUGAAACCAAACCUUAGACAACAAUUAGAUCUGAAAAUUUGGAAGGAACAACAAAACCCAACUCAAAAGAAAACCUUAAGAGCAUUCAGUGAAGGGGAAGAAGUAUGGAUGAAAAAAGAGAAUAACCCUGGUUGGAUAGCAGGAACAAUAGUCAAACGCAAUGGCUUAUACUCUUAUGAAGUCAUGUGUGGUGGAGUGAUAAAAAGAAAACAUUCGGAUCAACUGCGAAGAAGAGAAGGUGCGGUAGACGAUGAGGAGGGAAAAGUGUAA